CGACCCCCUAGUGACUGAGCUUGCAAACCGAAGUGAGGCGAAGGCCAGUCGUUUGCCCGGCGUCAGUUUUCCUUUUGCCAACUACAAGCAGAAUGCUCUCGCUGACCCGCUCGCUGACGCGCGGCUUUGCGUCGUCCGGCGCGUCCGUCGGUCGCAUCACGCAGAUCAUCGGCGCCGUCGUCGACGUCCAGUUCACCAACAACCUGCCGCCGAUCCUCAACGCGCUCGAGGUGCAGAACACGAACGACAACAUCCGCAUCGUGCUCGAGGUCGCGCAGCACCUCGGCGAGAACACGGUGCGCACGAUCGCCAUGGAGGGCACGGACGGUCUCGUGCGUGGCCAGGAGUGCGUGGACACGGGCAACCCGAUCAUGGUGCCCGUCGGUCCCGAGACGCUUGGCCGCAUCAUGAACGUGAUUGGCGAGCCGGUCGAUGAGCGUGGGCCGAUCCACUCGGCGACGAAGGCGCCGAUCCACUGCGCCGCGCCGCUCUACACGGAGCAGGGCUCGGGCGCCGAGGUGCUCGUGACGGGCCUCAAGGUCGUCGAUUUGCUGGCGCCGUACGCCAAGGGUGGCAAGAUUGGUCUUUUCGGCGGCGCUGGUGUCGGCAAGACGGUCGUCAUCAUGGAGUUGAUCAACAACGUGGCCAACAACCACGGUGGUGUGUCGGUGUUUGCCGGUGUCGGCGAGCGCACGCGCGAAGGCAACGACUUGUACCACGAGAUGAUCGAGUCGGGUGUGAUCAAGCUCAACGCGGACGGCACGACGACGGGCUCGAAGGCUGCGCUCGUGUACGGCCAGAUGAACGAGCCGCCGGGUGCCCGCGCCCGUGUCGGUCUUACGGGUCUGACGGUCGCCGAGUACUUCCGUGAUGUGGAAGGCCAGGACGUGCUCUUGUUCGUGGACAACAUUUUCCGCUUCACGCAGGCGUGCUCGGAGGUGUCGGCUCUUCUCGGUCGUAUCCCGUCGGCCGUCGGUUACCAGCCGACGUUGGCGACGGAUCUUGGUGCGCUCCAGGAACGCAUUACGUCGACGCUCAAGGGUUCGAUCACGUCGGUGCAGGCCAUUUACGUGCCGGCCGAUGAUCUUACGGAUCCGGCGCCGGCGACGACGUUCUCGCACUUGGAUGCGACGACGGUGUUGUCGCGCCAGAUUUCGGAGCUCGGUAUCUACCCGGCCGUCGACCCGCUCGACUCGAAGUCGCGCAUGCUCGACCCGCGUGUGAUUGGUGACGAGCACUACGAGGUGGCUCGCGCGACGCAGAAGCUGCUCCAGGACUACAAGGGUCUCCAGGAUAUCAUUGCCAUUCUCGGCAUGGACGAGUUGUCGGAAGACGACAAGCUCACGGUCGCGCGCGCCCGUAAGGUGCAGAAGUUCAUGUCGCAGCCGCUCCACGUCGCCGAAGUGUUUACGGGCAAGCCCGGCAAGUUUGUGGCGCUCGCGGAGACUGUCUCGUCGUUCAAGGCCAUCCUUGCCGGCGAGUACGACGACCUCCCGGAAGCCGCCUUCUUCAUGGUCGGCGGCAUCGAGGAAGUCAAGGAGAAGGCCAAGGCCCUCGCCUCCGAGUUGGACGAGUAAACUCUAGACAUUGACUCGCUGUGUUACCAUUCAAAUUGUAGUAUCUUGGAGGUAAAAGGUAUUAAUAGUUGACAACCCUAUUCCCUGUCA